UCCUAAACAAAAGUUAUAAUUCAAUCUAUAUAUUACUAAAAACUAAACAAACAAUCUGUAAAUUUAAACCACUAAACAAAAUAACCAAAACAUAAACUUAAAAUGAACCGUUAAAAUCUGAACGCGUUUAAAAAAUUAGUAGCGGUAUUAGUGAGAUCCUGAGUGUACCAUCUUUGUUUCUGCAAUCUUUUGUAUAUAGAAUUUAACAACUAAAACACUUUUACUUCGUUUUAAAAUUGUCGUGUGAAUAAAUUUAAUGUGUUCCCCGAGACGACAUGUGCCAGAUGAACUGAAGACAAACGUUAGUGCGUGUGAAUGAAGCUAACACCUGUACAAUGUGUGUUUUAUUCAGCAUUGUUCCCGACUCGCAUUCAAUGUAAUCGCGAGAUGAAUAGGCACUUCUAAGGCAGUAUUAUUUAAUAAUGUAAAUAAAAUGGCCGCAUCAGCGACUGAUAUUGAAGAGUUCUUAACUGGACCUCUGGUUACUUGGCUUGCAACAUGCGUGAAAAAGCCAGAAACCCUGCAGGUUUAUGAGACCUUCUUUGAUGGAGGACCGAUAAAUGAGGUGCUUCUGCAAAUUGACCCCGAGCCAUCACAACCAGUACCCACCACCACUCAUUUACAAGGGUUGAAUAUUACUGCUGCAAGAAUCAAAAUCUUUCAUUGCAUUGUGAGAAAUAUUAAGGCAGUUUAUGAAGAUGAACUGGGUCAAGUUGUGAUUGCACUGCCCGAUUGCGUGACUUUGGGUAGGGCCCCAACGUCUGAAGCCGCCUUGUCCCAACUAAAACUCCUUAUAUUGCUCCUUCUCGGUUGCGCAGUCCAGGGUCCCACAAAAGAGGUCUUCAUCACUCGCAUCAAAGAACUAUCUCCGGAAGCUCAGUACGACAUUGUCGAAUGCAUAAAACGCGUCACCGACGAACAGAACCUAGUGCUCACCGUUGACUGGUCUGAGCAGCUACCCCAGCGAUUGUACACCCACGUUAAGACGUUGACGGGCGAAAGGGACAAGUUGUUGCAACAGUGGGUGAUUGAUUUAGGGCAGGAGAAUGCUGGAGGUGUGAACAGUGGCCCUACUGAGGGAGUGGAGUCCAACCACCUGGCUGUGGAGCUGGCGGACUGGAAGGCGAGAUUGAGAAAGCAACGACAAGAAUUGGAAGAGAAAACCGAACUCCUGGCCGAAUGUAAGGAGGAAUUGGAACAUGCCACCAGUCUUGUAUCAAAGUUAAAAUUAGAGAAUAGCGAUUUAUUAGCGGAAGCAAGAAAAGCAAAACUCUACAGGGAUGAAGUGGAUGCUAUGCGUGAACGGGCAGAAAGGGCGGAUAGGUUAGAAACUGAAGUCCAGAGAUAUAGAGAACGAUUGGCGGACGCAGAAUUUUACAAAGUGAGGGUGGACGAGUUGAGGGAGGACAACAGGGUGUUGUUGGAAACCAGGGAAAUGUUGGAGACCCAGUUGGCCAGAACUAGACAGAGGGCUGAUCAAGUUUUGGAAUUGGAAGCAGAACUAUUGGCUUCCAAACAGAGCAUCAACGAAAUUGCUUUGGAAAGGGAUUCGGCACGAGAAAAGAUUCAGGAAUUAAUUGAAGAAAACUUGCAACUACAACAAGUAGCAAAAUCAGUCCUACAAGAAACAAGCACGUUAAACAUCAGCGUAGAUUCCGAAAAUGAAGAAACUAAUUCGGGAGACAACAGUUUAUCAGAACAACUAACCAAUAAUGCUCAGGCCAGAGCAUUAAAAUUAGAAUUGGAAAUCAAAAAGUUAAACUCCACAAUUGAUUCAUUAAAAGAGCAUAACUUCCAUGAAAGUGCCAAUAAAAUAUUGGAAUUAGAGAAGGACAAGAAAAAGCUGGUUCUGAAAUGCGAACAGCUUCAAGAAAGUUGUGAAAGACUCACCCAACAAAAUGGUGAGUUGGAGAACCUGUUCAAAAAUGCAAUUCAAGAGAAUAGGAAAUUGCAAGACAGCGUCGACACGAAUAAAAUCAUGUAUGACAGGCAAUCGCAAGAUCUUCAAAACGAGAAGGCAAAAAUAGGAGACCUGGAAAAAAAUAUUGAAAAUCUCACUAAAGAGAAGCAACGAGUGCAACUGUUGUGCGACUCCAUUAAAAAACGUGCGGACGAUGCCGAAAAAUCCGUUACCCAAGUAUCAGACCAGCUUCACAAUUUGCAAGUUCAAGCAGACAAAGGCAAGGACUAUGAGAAGUUGUGCAAAGAUCUGCAGGAGAAAUUGGCGAGUCUAGAAAAAGAGAAUACCGGAAUGCAAAAAGAAGUGACGAAGCUCAAGGAGUCGAUUGAAAUAAAGGACGUAUCUUUAGACAAAGAGAUAGAAAAGAACAUGAAAUUCGAAAAAGACCUAAAUAAAUUAAUCAAAGAAAAUGAAAAUAUGGCUAGUCAGUUGGAGAAGCUGCAAGAAUUUGAGCAGAGAUCACAGGAAUUGCUGUCCCAGUCGUCGAUACACACCGAAACAAUCACGACUCUGCAAAAAGAUUUGAUCAACGAAAAAGUGAGCAACGAAAAAUUCAAAAAUAACUUGGACAAACUUGGUUUGAGUCUGGAUAUCUUAGACAAUGACAUAAAUAUAAUCGUGGAAAAGAUGCUCAACAAUCCGGACAUCUCAAAAACUUUCAUGUCGAUCCUGAAAGAACGUGAAGGUGACAAAGAAGCCUGCAAAAAAUGUGCCGAAAACAUGAAUAAAAGUUUCAUGGUUCAAGCUGAAGAAAUCGCUGCCAAAAUUAAGGAAGAAUGGAGUGAACAAUGCGACAAACUCAGCGCUGACAUCAUCAAUUUACAGAGUAUUAAUGGUAUCCUACAAAACGAGAACGCCAAAAUGCAGGUCGACAUUUCCACCUACAAGUCACAAAUAAACUCCCUUCAAGCGCAACAAACUGCCCUCCAAUUAGCUAACAGUCAACUAGUUGCUGAGAAGGAUGAGCUAUUCAAGAAGCAAGAAAAGCAAAACAAAGAGCACGACACCCUGCUUCUGGACCAAGUAACACUGAGAACAAUUCACGAACAACUGAACACCGAAUACGAGGGCCUACAAAAGGAACAAGAAAACCUAAGAAAAUUAAACCGCGACCUGCGCUCCGAAAUUCGAGUUUUGAAGGAACAAAACGACACGCACGAAAACAAAAUAUCAUCGUUGGAAAUCGAGAAGGAGUCCCUUAAAUCGGAUUCGCGAAGCUUGGCUAACUUGAGGGCGGAACAUUCCAAAUUGAAGGACGAUUUCAGGAACUUAUUUACGGCCAGUGACCGACUGAAGGUUGAGUACCGGGCCGUGAUGGAGGAAUUGAAAAACGUCAGGACCGAAUUCCGCACUCUCAGCUUAGGACAGACUGAAAUGCAGGGCGAGUUGAACACCAGAUCCGACUUAGUUUCCGGUUUGCAACUGGAAAACGCCAAAUUGCAUCAAAAAUGCGUCAUGUUGUUUGAGAUGAAUCAGUCGCUGGAUUCAGACAGGAGGGCGCUCAUGGAUCACGUUUCUCAGUUACUGUCGCAAUACCACUCUUUACUGACUCACUCGCUGGAAGAUAAACAACAUUUCCAUCUGGAGGAGAAGCUUUUUACUGACAAAGUAAAUAGUUUGUGUAGGCAGAAGGAAAAGCUUGAGGAGAAAAUUAUGGAGCACUACAGGAAACUUGACAACGCUUCUUCAAAAAAGAAAGGGUUUGGAGCCACUUUGGUAAGAAGAGUGAGAAAAGCAGGUUCAGACAUAAUAAAUAAAGUGCCCAGCAGAAAUAGAAGAUCCUGGCACGAAGACGCGACAAGACUGACCCAAUCCCAGUUCACACUCGGAGGUGGGUCGGGUGAGUCGGCGGGCAACGACUCCGACAACAGUGUCGAAGAUUCCGGGCAUCGCAGCGAACCUUUCAAAAGGAACGUGAGCGGUAGUCUUUACGGUCACAAACCGAGGGACGAAGUCGCAUUGCGCAGGUCGCACAGAGACUUGGCUCAUAGAAACAGUGUCGCAGGUGAUCAGAUUUUCAACAGAGAACCAGGCAGCGCCUUGAGCUUGGGCUCAGUCGGUUCUAGAAGAACCGUGUAUUUGACUGAAGAAGACGCACCUCCGGUUGUACCGCCCACUACUAACAGCAACCCGCCUCUGAAUUCUAACACGCCCCCAAUGCUGGUUUACAAUAGGAUUUCAACAGUGAUUGGAGAGGCACCCAAGCCACCCACACCUAAGCCCAACAUACCAGAAGAAGUGCAGGAGGAAUCUGGUGAAAGGAAGAAGCCAGAGAAUCCUAAAGAAACAGCAGUCUGGUAUGAAUAUGGUUGUGUAUGAAGAAGGAGAAAAUUUGAAACAAUGUACUUAAUUUUAAAACAGACCAGAACUAGUUUUUUUUAAACGUCACAUAAGAUAUAUUAUUUGUGAUAAGAAAUGAGUAUAUAAAAAUUUUCAAAUUUCAUUAGUAAAUUAUGUGGUUGAAUUGCUUUUUAAGUCUGAGGCUCAUAAACUAAUAUGCAUAACAUGAUGUUUUAAGAAGAAAAGAGAUUUUUACAAUAUUUAUUUCUUUUGAACGAAUUAUCUUAUUAUUCAUAUCGAAAAUACAUCACAAAAACACAGAGCCAUGAAAUUAGUGCAAUUGAAUUUUUGAAAAUUUAUCAGCAGCUGUAAAAUUAUAUAAAAUUAACUGUAAUUAGUAUUAUUUAAGAAUAAUAAAUCACAUUUUCUUGCCUAGUAUUCAGAAUUUGGAUCAUGUUCCUAAAAUUAUAUAGUAAUUUAUAUAUGAUUUUUAAAAGACAAUAAUUUACAUGGGCUACCUCAAUUUAUUUUAUGGCCGCUAAUGUAAAAAAUCGACAGUUACUUGAUCUCUCCAAUUUUUAUUGAACUUCCAUUUUUAUGUACUUACCAAUGUGCUUAAAGUUAACCAUUAUUGUUCCAUUAUUUUUUUAGACGUGAAAAAAUGCCUUUCAAUGCCUUAAAAAUAGUUUUUAGUCAGCGAGGAAAUACGUCCUUAGGUUUAAGAUUUAAUAACAAUCAUUAUUUCUUGUUAGUACCUGCCUAUGAGUAUUCGAAAAUCAAAAUAUUAUAAAAUUGACUGCUUUUUACAGUAUUUGAAUUGGAUUUUAAAUUACAGUAUUAUUUGUUAUGUACUAAUUGUGAUAAAUUUAGAAACGAAAUUUUGAUUGUUAUUUGUUAGUUUAUACUUUUAUACUAACCCAACAGUUUUAGUCAUAAUUAUUGCUCUAAAUUAAAGGCAACAACUCUGUGAUUUUAGUUUAUAUCAAGUGAACAAUUAUAACCAGUGAAAUAUGCGGAUUACUGUAAUAUAUUCAGAUAGAGUAUUAUAAUUAUGACAAAAAAUGUUUUAGAAAGAUGUGAGGAAGUUUAGUAUUUUAAUAUGCACAUUUUGUAAUCUUUAUACAAAACCUUUUUAAAUUAAGUUAUUUAUUACCAAAUAUUAAAUUAUUGUAUACCUAAAUAAAAUUGCUUUUUAUGA